AUGACUCAAGAACAACCAGUAGACAUUGGGGAUACAUACAAACAAAUAGCUGCUGCCGAGCAACAAGCCACCAAACUAGAAAAUGCUUUAGAUGCUUUUGAAGCCAAAUUAGAUUCCAUUUUAAAAGAGGCAGAAAGCAUAAAUAAGCCAGAUGCAGUUGACAAUAGCUCCCUGAAUAAAACAGGUACAGUCGACAAUAGCUCCGCUUCCAUAACGAAAGAAUCGAAAUAA